CACUAUCUUUCCUCACUUUGGCGGUACACCCCUAGCCCGUCCCUAUUCAUGCACCCCAUUUACAUUCAGCCCACAGACUCACGGCAAGUAAACGGGAUGGUGGAAAGAGAGAGUGGCGGCAGAGGGGCUUUUCCAAGACCGGCGCGUCUUUGCCAGUUUGCAGCGUGCGCAGAUCUCCGUGACCUAGAUUGACUGCACACCACAGGAUUGGUGAGAUCAAUCAGCCCAAACUUCGUCACUGCAUCCAGAGAAAAGCAUUAGCUUCUUCAGUGUCCGCACGGCCCAAAACCAGAUCUGCGUUUCCUACGCUUGUGGAUGAGGAGGAGAAAUGUUGUGUCAAGUCUGUUUGUGCUGCCUGUUCUUCAGCAGGGGCUUUUAUAGCUGCCGCUGGACGGAGUCAAAUAAUCAAAACAGAAAGGGCAGAUGGUUGUCGCUCUUAGUUGUCACUUUGAUGUCUCUGCUUUCCCUGUGCUGGUUGUAUAUUUGUUUUGCCAUCUCUAAUGACCAACAGAAUGUUAACGAGGUACUAUUCAGCAAACUGAAGAAGUGGGCAAACUACUUCCUGGUAGUGGUGAUCAUUUCUGCAGUGCUGGCCAGCUACUGUAUCCUGCUGCUGCUCUUUGCCCUGAUCCAAGUUGCCUUAGAGGAGCAACUCCACUUACACUGGCUCCAUAAGAUCAUUUUCUGUUUUUGUGUAAUAUUCAUCACAGCUUUGGCUUCAGGAGUAAGCACAAAGGGGCCUGAAGAAUGGCCAACAGUUCUUACUCUACUCCAGGCCACGGCUCCCUUCCUGCAGUUUGGUGCUGUUGGAGCGUUGACUCUGCUAAGCCCGUUUGUCUUUCAUCGCUUCCACCUGGCUAAAACACGAUCUAAGAUGGUCAUUGCAGGGAUGUUUCUAGCCGUCUCAGCAGCUAUCUUCCUGUGUCCCCUGCUCAUCCACUCUCCUUGUCUAAUAGAGGUGCAGGAACUACCUGAAAAACCAAAACUUAUCGGCCACAGAGGCGCGCCGAUGCUGGCCCCAGAGAACACCAUGAUGUCGUUCAACAGAAGCCUCGAGUGCGGCGUGAUAGCCUUUGAAACGGACGUGCAGCUCAGUAAGAAUAGAACACCCUUCUUGAUGCAUGACCAUGGACCUGACUUCUUGCUGAGAACGACAAAUGUUAAUAGCUCCUCCUUCAAUAACAGCGCUGACCUGACCUUCGAACAAUUACGGACUCUAAAUGCAGGAGAACAGUUCCUCAAGAAUGAUCCUUACGGCACAGUGUCCCUGCUCUCAGAAGAGGAGAAAGAAACAGUCAGGAAACAGACCAUACCCUCCUUGCUAGAUCUUCUUGACUUUGCAAAACAGCACAAUACCUCAGUGAUAUUUGACUUGAAAAAUAAAGAAACAGAAAAAAACGACACAAAUGACACAGUAAAGACCAUCUUAGAGUCUGGUAUUCCUCAAAAUCUGAUUUUUUGGCUUCCUUCUAAAGAACGAUCAGUUGUAAAGGAGCAGGCUCCAGGCUUUAUCCACGUUUAUGAAAAUGAAACGGAUUUGGAAAAAAAUAACGGGAGCCACCUAAAUGUGAAAUACAGCGAAAUAAAAAUGAAAAACAUCAGCGACCUUCGCAAACGAAACAUUACAGUGAACCUGUACGUGGUUAAUGAGCGCUGGCUAUUCUCUAUGCUGUGGUGUGCAGGAGCCAGCUCUGUCACUACCAACGCCUGCCACCUCCUAAAAGAAAUGGAGCGCCCUGACUGGGUCAUGCCACGCUCUACAUACCUGAUAACAUGGAUUUUAGUGGAUAUAUCAUCUGCUCUUGUGAUGAUGGCACUCUUUCACUGGACAAAACACAAUCUUCGCCAUAAUGCAGAUGGACCGAGCAAUGACAAUGAGCAGGAAGUCUUCCUAACCAGGCUACCCUGACAGCCGUCGGCUGCAGAUGUUUCAGUCUUGAAGCUCACAAUCACAGCCUUUUCUGCACUAACACUGGGGUUUGGACCUAAAUCUGGAGGACAGCAAGUUAAUGUGAACUGAUAUGCACUGUUUUAUAAAGUUAUGCAGGCCAUAAUGUUGUUGUUGUUUUUUUACAUAUCAGUACGAUGCCAGUAUACACAGUUUUGGUGUGUGUGGGUGUGUGGGGGGGUGUGUUUGACAAUGAGAGAGAAAGCUAGUUACACAGGUUUAUCUUUCACUGUUUUUUUUAAAUACUUGUUUGUUCUUUUGCUACUACUGACAGUAUGUUGAAACUCUGUGACUAUAUGACAUGGUGUGUAGAUCUGAAUUACUUUUUUUUUGCAUUUUAUACAUUAAUUUGUAUCCACUAAGUAAAAAAAAAUACUACUGCAUUAAAUAAACAUUUGUAAUCUGAGCCAACAUUAAUAAAACUAUAUUUUUUA